AUGAACAAUGAUCAUCAUAUCAACAAUAAAAAUGGUCAUACUAGUGGUCACAACCAAAAGAAUUUAUUGGAAUCAUUAACAACAACUACAACAACAACAACAACAACAGUGAGGCCAUCAAAGAUUAAUGACCGGAACAAUAUAGGUUAUCAUGAACAACAACAACAAUCUUAUGAUGAAGAAGAUACAGACGAUGAUGAUGAUGAUGGCGAUGGCGAUGAACAAAUAAAUAAUAAAAUAUUACAAAGAAAAAUACGACAACAAAAUAUUUUAUUAUUAUCACCACGAGUUAAAAAACCGUUAAUCGAAGCUCAUCAACAUCAGAUUUAUAGUGAUGUGAAUGCAAUCGAUGGACGAUUAACUCGUUUGCCUUGUUUUGUACGUCCAUUAAAUCCAUCGGAUUCAAUAUCAUUAGUAUUAUGGUAUCGUGGUGAUGAUAUAUCUGGUUCACCAAUAUAUAGUGUCGAUGCUAGACAUCAACCAUUUGAAUAUGCUCAACAUUUUAUACAUAAAACCUAUCAACAUAAACAAUUAAUGAAUUUUACAUUGAAUCAAUCGAUUGAUCGACAACAACAAUCGAUAUCAACAACAACAACAACAACUACGACAACGACCACGACAACAACAACAACAUCGAAACCAAUAUCCAAAUCGACAGCACAUCUUUAUAUAAUGCCAAUUGAAGAAAAAGAUUCUGGUCUUUAUUGGUGUCGUGUUGAUUAUAAAUGGGAACGUACAACCAUUUCAACCGUAACAUUAAAUGUGAUUGUACCACCAAAACAAUUACAGAUAUUAUUAAAAAUGGAUAGAAAAAAUUAUUUCUUUACAUUGAAAAAUCAUACGAAUGAAAAAAAUGUCAACAAUCAACAAUCGAGCUUAACAACAACAACAACAACAACAACAACAACAACAGCAAUGACAACUAUUCAUCCACAACGACCAAAUCCAUCAUUAGCAUCCAUAUCGAAUAAUAAUAAAAUGAUUAUAUUAAAAUCAUUGGAAACAAAUCAAACAAUAGUGUUGAAUGAAAAUGAAUCGGCAACAUUGAUUUGUCUAUCCGAAGGCGGUAAACCAUUACCAAUAUUAAAUUGGUAUCGUAAUGAACAACUUAUACGGCGACAAAUAUUUCAUAUAUUGAGUGAAAAAAAUCAUACAUUACAAAGUGAAUUACAUCUAACACCAAUACAAGCCGAUGAUCAUAAUUGUUGGUUCAAGUGCCUAUCCAGUAAUGAUAAUCAAACAUUUUUAAAUGUAAAAAUUUUAAUGAAAGUUAAUACAAAACCAAAACGUGUUGAAAUUACCGCAUAUCCAUCAUCAUCAUCUUCAUCAUCAUCAUCAUCAUCGAAUUUUUACAAUAAAAAUCAAACAAAAACAUCGACGAAACCAUCAUUUAUAUCCGGUCAGGAAAUAAUAAUACGUUGUCGAUCAUAUGGAUCAAGACCACCGGCAAAUCAUAGCUGGUUUAUGAUGCCUGGCCAUCGGCCAAUACCAGUUUUAGAGCAAUAUGUGAUCGUUACUGGUCGACAUCAUCAUCAUCAUCAUUCACAUGGUCGUCAACGUGAUAAUUCAAGAAAUAAACAACAGCAACGGAAUUUAAUGAAAAAUAAAAGAUUUCGUCAGGCAAAAUAUAACAAUCAGAAUGAUGAUGAUGCAAUAGUGACGGAAAUUCAACAUGAUGAUUAUAACUAUGAUGAUGAUGAUGAGGCAAUAAUUAUAAACUAUGAUGAUAUAAUAAACAAUAAUGGUAGAUAUCAACUUGACAAUUUUGGUUACGGUAACGGUAACGAUAACGAUAAUGAUGAUGAAAUGAUCAAAUCAACAACAACAACAUUAAUAACUGAAUCGAUUAUUCAGCUAACUGUACAGACUGAAGAUAAUGGUAAUGAUAUUAUUUGUAAUGCUGAAAAUUUAUUGCUCAAAAAUAACAACAAUGAUAAACAAAGACAACAACAACAACAACAACAAAAUGUACUUGAAAAUACAUUCAAAUUGGACAUUGUUUGUAAGUAAAUGGAAAUUUUGAAAUUUUCAAAUUAUAACAAAGAAAAAAAAAUAACUCAAAAAUAAUUGACUGGUACAAAUGUAAA